CCAUGGCAUUGGUUUCGAUUCUUCUAGUGCUUUUUUGUGCUGCUGAAGUACACGGAGGACAAUCGACGAAUGCACCGCCAUUAACUUCCCACGAGUUGCUAGAUUUCUUACAACAGGCACUGAAACUGUUUCCUGACGCUAUUACUUUGGAAGAUUUGCUAAAUACGAUGUCCCUAGCCCCAACAAUGGACGAGAAGAGUCUGACGACUAUUUUUCAAGGGGCAAAUAUAGAUAUGUCGGAUCCUUCACAAAUUAGCAAUGUACUGAUUGUUUUGAAAGGUUUAUACAGCUUAACCUCUUGGGGAUAUUCAAAACUUCCCAACGGAAAUAUAAACGACCUGUUCAAUAUGCUGUCAAAGAUGGACGAACAAAGUCUGAAGUUACUACUUCGUGAUUUAAACAUAGAUCAACUGAAUUCCUCACAAUAUGGCGAUGCACUGACAUUUUUACAAGCAUUGCACGAUUCAGUAGGUGAUGGUGGGGAAAAUGUCAAACCUCCAACCGGAGAUAUAGCCGACUUGCUAAAGAUGUUAUCAACGUUGGACGAGCAGAGUCUUAAGUUGUUACUUCAAGGUUUAAACAUAGAUGGUGGCGCGCUGUCUUUUUUAACAGGUGCAUUAUCGGGGGGUAGCUUGAACUCCAUGGACUUCAGUUCGUUAAGCUCCGGGUGCAGUGCAGCUUUGGAUGUUCUUGUUGCAGAAGUGAAAGAACAGAAAACUUGGGCUUUAAAAAUGAUUGACGCCUGGGGAAAGCCCCCUUCUGGCAUUUUAACCGGAAACACGCAUAUGAGGGGAUCAUUUGAUCAGUGUUUAGCUGUACAACCUGAGAUAGAGAAAGGAACCCCAUUUGCAACAACCUUCUGUGUCGCCGGCAACAUGGAGCCGUUAUUUGGCAUGUCUAUAGGAAUGUGUGUUCCGAGGAUCUGUACUGAUUCUGACGUGUACAAUCUCACCAAUGCAAUGGUUGCUUUUAUUCCCCUGAAUGAACCACCCAACAUCAACCAUCUCCAAUGUCAAAGAGAAAUUGAAUAUGACACACCGGCUAUCGCAGCUAUAUGUGUGUGUUGUUUCUUCCUUGCCAUGAUAUCAGUUGCUACAAUGUUUGACAUGUGUAUCGUGAGUCCGGAAAUAGAAAGAACUGCUAAGCCAGUAGUAGAGGUGCAGGACGAUGCCAAUAAAACAAAAAACGUGUUUUCCCAUAUCUCUACAGCUGAGGUUGGAAACAUUCCUCAGCAUUUGGAUGUAGAACGUAACACCAAUGGACACAUUCAAACAAACGGUAUCAGUCCUGGAUCCGUUUACAAACUACAUGACAACACCGUCCAACCAAACAACGAAAUGUCGCAAAAGUACUCGGGAAUGUGUGCAAAAUUAGUUCUGUCCUUUUCUGCGUGGACCAAUGUGAGGAGGCUGCUUAGAACCGACCAAGCGGGGACAGGUCUUGGGUCUAUCCAUGGUAUUCGCUUCUUCAGCGUGACAUGGAUCCUCUUGGGACACACUUUCCUUUUUGCUGUCAGAUCCUCAUUUGUUGUGAACCGUGUUUCGUUUUCUGAUGAGUUAAUACAUCGACGAAGUUUCACGUUGGUGAACAACGCAUCACUGGCAGUUGAUUCUUUUUUUGCUAUAAGUGGUCUCCUAGUAUCCUACUUGUUCAUGAAGGAGAUGAAGAGAGAGAAGGGUCGUAUAAACUGGUUCAUGUUCUACUUCCAUAGGUUUUUGAGAUUGACACCAACGUACAUGAUAGUGUUGAUGCUGAAUGCUGCAUUAUUCCAUUACGUUAGCGACAUCCCCUAUGGGGUGCCGAAGCCAGUCGACGGUCAAUUCUGUGAAACAAAAUGGUGGACUAAUCUUUUAUAUGUGAACAAUAUUUUUAAAAAUGGGGAAGCGUGUCUUGGCUGGACCUGGUAUCUGGCAAAUGAUAUGCAGUUCUACGUCGUUAGUCCUCUUCUACUGGUCCCACUUUACUUCUGGAAAAAAAUUGGAGGAGCCAUAUGCGCGAUAUGUUUGCUCGGAGUAACAGCAGCUUCUGCUGGUAUUUCCGUAUAUUAUCAGCUUCCAGCUGUGGCUUUCUCAAUUUCGAAAAGCAGUUAUUUCAGAUUGGAAGAAUAUAUGGAUGAUUACUACACAAAACCCUACUGUCGCAUGGGGCCCUACAUCGUCGGCAUCGUAACGGGCUUUAUCCUCUACAGAACUGGAGGCAAAUACAAAAUAAAAAAGCCAUUGAACCUUUUCAUCUGGGUAUGUAUGGCAUCCCUGGCCUGUAUAGUGACGUUUGGUAUUUAUGAGGAAUCGAUCGGGAACGCCAUGAGUGUUGAAAUUGCUGCCCUUUACAACGCUGUCCAUCGAACCUUGUGGGGAGUCUGCGUCUGCUGGGUUGUGUUUGCAUGCGUUACAGGAAACGGAGGUUAUGUGAACACUUUGCUGUCCUGGAGUCCGUUUGUCCCACUUGGCCGUCUGUCGUACUGUGUCUAUCUCGUUCAUCCGCUGGUCAUCAAUGCCUAUUAUAUGUCUCGGAGACAAGGGGUAUAUGGGACCGACACCGAAGUAAUUUACAUCUUUCUUGGAAACUUGAUAAUGUCCUACAUGGUAGCAGUUGUCCUUUGCCUUGCGGUCGAGUCCCCGUUAAUGGCACUGGAGAAGACAAUCCUCAGAAAGGACAAAAAGACGAAAUAACCGUUAUUAAGGAACCAGAUGUAACAUCCAAAUCAAGUCAUUGUUUGUUAGUCGAUGACAAUAACAGUAACAAUAACAGCUUGUUUGGUCUUUAUCUAAAUCAGAAAUAAAGGUUCCUUCGUGAUUGACUCUCUGUUAUACUCAUGUAAGUUAAUUGAAAAGAAAAAAAAGAAAAGAAAAAAGGAAAACAAAACCUCACGUCAAGUCAACCCUACAUCAACGUCAACCCAACCCUGCAUUUUGCCUGUAACAUUAACAGCACUUUAUGGAUAUGAUACACAAUGGGUGAACAGGAAAAGAGAAAUUGGAAUCACUCACCCCCUUUGGGUGAGAUAGUGAAAUUUUAACCCUCUGAGAAAAAAUCAUAAGUUGCAAAACACAUUUGGCAAAUAUUCCCUCUCGGGUUGAGAUUCCCCCAUCUCAACCCGAUGGAGUGAGAAAUUCAAUAAGUCGACAUACACAGGAGUGAUAGAUGAAUAUGUACCAGUUCGUGGACUACUAUAAUGACAUAUAUAAAAUGACCCAAUAAAAGUGUGUGACAUUUACAACUGUAUAUAGGGAUUUUAGUUUAGUACUGUACAGAAGCAAACAUUGGGGUUCAAGUGAAGUGAAAAUGAGUUUACAUUUUUAUUACACUUUUUCAAGUGAAAUAUUGAAAACAAGAUAUUUUAUAAAAGGGAC